UGAUGUAGUCAGACGUAGUCUUUAGAACAGCAAAAGGAUGGGAUACUUUUAGUGAUAAAUAUGCUAGAAGAAUCUAAAAAAAUACAUCUGUAUUUUGUAUGACUCUUUUGAAUAUGGUACAUUAUGAAGAUGCAGACAGGUAUACAAAACUAAUAAAAUAUAAGUAUUUUGGAUGCAGGUUGUGGAGCUGGAUAUUUACAUUAACAUAUGAUGAAUUAAAAGAAACCUGAUGCUCAUCUAUAUGGAUUUGAUCUAAGUUCCUAAAUGGUUAAAAGAGCUGGAGCAAGGAUGAAAAGAUCUUUAAAUAAAGAUAAAAUUGGAUCUUUGGAUUUAUUAACACAAGAGGAAGUGGAUUCUGUUAAUUUUGGUAUAUAUAUAGAUUUAUAUAUUUAGAUGAUGAAAUUUUCAAGAAGAUGAAUUAUCAUUUAUCUGUUGGAAAUGUAGAAGAUUUAAGUUAAUACUAAAAUGAAAUGUUCAAUAUUUAUGUGUGCAAUCUUGUUUAUUAAAUAAUUGGAGAUUAACAGAAAGCAAUAAGUGAAGCAUUCAGAGUUUUAAAACCAGGAGGAAAAUUUGGAAUUACAGUUUGGGGAAGAAGAGAGAAUUGUUCAGCCUUAUGGUUUUUGAAGGAGUUAGCUUUUGAAACAGGUUUAUCGCCAGUUGGAAUGUAAGGAGGAAGAUUUGUAUCAAAUCCUGAAGAACUAAUCACUUUAGCUACUAAUGCAGGAUUCAUUAAUACAGGUUUUUUAUUUUUACUAUAAAUAGUUUGUUGGUUAUAAAUGGCUCCAUUUGAUAUAGUGAGUAUGAAAAAUAUAGAAGAAUUCUUUAAUCCAGAAAUAGAGGGAAUUUUAGCUAAUUCUACAUAAGAAUAAAGAGAUACUUAUUAUAAAGCCUUGGAAAAAAUGUUAAAUGAUUAUAAGAGAGAAAAUAAACCAUUUCCAUUUGAGUGUUAUUUGUUGGUUGCAGAAAAACCAUAAUGAUU